GACCGCAGACCCCCAUUUUCGGCGGAAACCUUCCCAGAGCUAUAGGGCUACAUAUGGAAACUGGGGAUCAAAAUUUUAGGAAAAAGGAAAAUCGACGCGGUUAAUUUCUUUUUUGUUCUUUUUUUUAAAAAUCGGUUUCUAUCUGAUUAUUUUUUGCGUGUGUGUUUUUAAAAAACCUUCUAAAUCAGUUAAUUUCUUUGUUGAGCCUUGAUUUCCUCAUUCCAUCGUGUGUGCAGGCUUGAUUUGUGAGAAGCCAGCGUGAUAUUUCAUUUUAACCCCACAUUAGGUCGUUGUAAAACACCCCGAGGAUUGCUUUUAUUUCCUCUCGACGGGACUUGAAUGCGUCCAUUUGUUAACUCUCUUUUGUUUCCACUAAUAUGACAGAUUUCCCUGCUGUCCUUCGCUUUCCUCCCCAGUUUGCCUUUUCCCUUUCUGACUAACAAAACACGUUAGGAUAACAGUAUUAACAAUAGUCUUUAGGGUAGCUUUGACUCUAGUUAGCUAUAAUUCUAAAUUCUUAUUAGUAAACGCAAUGUUAUAAGCUCUGACUAAAGCAACUCACUGUAACAGACAUAUUGAACUGUUGUACUGUAAGCCUGUUAUUACUCCAACCGUCUCUGUGCUCCCUUUGAGCUCAUGUUAAUUCAGCUCUGUGCUCAGCUGUAACCUUUACAAGUCCAGAAACGUUUUCUUUUCUUUUGCAGGCCUGCAGAGAGUAAACCUCAGUUUAGGUUUUUUUAUAUCUCACUUCCAUUUCUAGACUGGACUCUGUAGGCUUUAGGACGCAGUUAACGCUUCUUUAGCUCGGUUAUUAUUCACAUUUGUAGCUUUUCUUGCUGCUCCAUCUGCAGCUGAAGGCCUGUUGAAGGGCUGUCACCCUCUGCACACCUGAUUUUUUUUAAAAAAAACAAGAUCCUUUUGGGAGUAAAAGUGAAAAGAACCUGAGAGGAGAGACAGCUCUGCCUCUUCCUCUCUUCACCUCCCGUUCAACAAAACCUCCUUCCUUCCUCAGUUUUUCUCUUGUUUUGGUCCUCACCCAAACGCAACCAUAAGGUUCCUACCGCAUCCUCCACCUCCUUCUUCCCUCUCCUUCCGCUCGAGUAUAUCCCGUUUUUUCGGUUUGGUUUGGUCCCGCAAAUUUUCAAAUAUUUACUUCCUGUACAUCAAGAGGAAAGGGGGUCCCCCUUUCAUGGAAUGCGGAAACAUGGGUCUGUUCGACCGCGGAGUCCAGAUGCUGCUGACCACGGUGGGAGCCUUCGCGGCCUUCAGCCUCAUGACCAUCGCGGUCGGCACGGACUACUGGCUGUACUCCCGCGGGGUCUGCAAGACCAAGUCCAUGAGCGAGAACGAGACCAGCAAGAAGAACGAGGAGGUGAUGACCCACUCCGGCCUGUGGAGGACGUGCUGUUUGGAAGGAAACUUCAAAGGGAUGUGUAAACAGAUAGACCACUUUCCAGAGGAAACAGAUUACGAAGCAGACCCGUCUGAGUACUUCUUGCGUGCGGUGCGAGCCUCCAGCAUCUUCCCCAUCCUCAGUGUCAUCCUGCUCUUCAUGGGAGGCCUGUGUAUAGCUGCCAGUGAGUUCUACAAGUCACGCCACAACAUCAUCCUCAGCGCAGGAAUCUUCUUCGUGUCUGCAGGCCUGAGCAACAUCAUCGGGAUCAUCGUGUACAUAUCAGCCAACGCAGGGGACCCUUCAAAAAGCGACUCGAAAAAGAACAGCUACUCUUACGGCUGGUCCUUCUACUUUGGCGCCCUCUCCUUCAUCAUGGCCGAGAUGGUGGGCGUCUUGGCCGUGCACAUGUUCAUCGAUCGCCAUCGACAGCUCCGAAUAGGGGCGCGCGCAGCCGACUACCUCCAAGGCUCGGCCAUUACGCGAAUCCCCAGCUACCGCUACCGCUACAGACGUCGCUCGCGCUCCUCCUCCCGCUCCACAGACCCAUCACACUCUCGCGACACCUCGCCGGUGGGCCUCAAGGGCUUCAGUGCGCUGCCAUCCACGGAGAUCUCUAUGUACACGCUGCCCCGGGACACCCUCAAGUCCUCUGGCACUCCUACCGCCACCUACAACUCUGAGAGGGACCACAACUUCCUGCAAGUCCACAACUGCAUCCAGAAGGACCUGAAAGACUCAAGCCACACCAACACAGCGAACCGCCGCACCACGCCGGUAUGAGGGAGUCCAUACAGGCCAGGCCAACCCGGCGGAGACCAGGAGACACGGGAACCCCUGUGGGUGCAGUUUGCCCCAGGAGAAGAUGGAUUUCCAUGUUUAUAGACAUUUGUUCUUUUUGUUCAGCUGCAUGACUUUUCCAUUGCCAUUGUUGAGAGAGUUUCAACAAGUCUGCUGUGUUCCUGGAUUGAAUGGCAGAAGAGUGAGAAUGGGUCAGGUUGUCCUGAGAGAGUGAGGUCUGUCAUUUUAUGCGCAGGGUUUGUUUAUGAGGUUCGGGGCACUGGAAGGGAGGGUGGGAGGAGUGGGCAUUUAUGAGAUGAAGAGUUAAUUUCAUGAUUUCAUAGCCCUUCGGUUUGACAAUUUUGCCCCACAAGUUUGGUUGGAGCAACAGGUCAGGCUCCCCCUCAGCCCGCCCACCGCUCAGACAUACACGUCUUUUAUUUAUUGACUCAUUUGUUGAUUUUUUGCAUUAAAACUGUGAAUUGUUACAGUUUGGGAUUCAGUAAGAAUUAGCCCAAUCUGUAAUCUCUAACAAAGGUACUAUAUAUAUGUAUUACUUUUAUAAAUAAAUUAUUACGUUAAUAAUCAAGAGUUACAGACUUUA